AUGUCGAUACGUGUCUCUUCAAGAUCCACUAAAGGCCAAAACAAGCAUUUGCAGGCGAUGAUGGAGCAGGAACCGGGUUCUUAUUAUAAGAGUCGGCGCAGUGGUGAGCAACAUGAUGACGGUGGGUUAAAAGCUGAGAAUGGGGAUGGUGGCAAUGAGGAUGAAGGCACCGUAAGAUGUCCAGUGUGUGGAGCGAAUGAUGAGAAUUAUGAUGCGGAAAAUGAUGCGUACGGAGACAUGGUUCAGUGUGACGGUUGCAAUUCCUGGCAGCACAUCCGUUGCAUGACAAAUGGAGAGGAUAACAUUGAUAGAUUGUUGAACGCGGAUGGAACAUAUUUCUGUGAUCAGUGCAAUCCUUCCAAAUAUACGCAUCUUUUAGAGCACGGUGAUAAGGAAUACCAAUUGGAUGACGGAGCCGACCAUGAGAAGCCUUACGAGAAUCCUGAUGACAACAUUGACGAUGACGAUGACGAUGAGGACGUGGUCUCCGGGAAGCGGCAGCGCAGCCGCCAACAUCAGCGCCGUAGCGUGUCGAGUAGCGCUGGAAACGUUUCCACUAAGAGGAGAAAAUCAUCUACCGUAUCCGAUGAAGCUGAGGGUGACACUAGGCUCAGGCACAAUGCGGUGAAGAUGUUUAAGGAUCUUUUUAGUAAAUUCAUCAUACCCGACACAAUUGAGGCUAAAGUUUAUGAGCAACCGAGUGACGUCAAUGACAGCGAGGAGCUCGCUGAUAGGAUGUCCAAGAAUUUAGAGAAAGAGUUGUAUGAAGCUUGCUUUGAUAUGGAGUCCAGUCGCCUGAAUAAAUUUUACCCAGAGAAGGUCAGGAGCCUUUUCUCGAACCUGAAAGACAAGAAGAAUCUGAUAUUGAAGACGCAUGUUAUAAAUGGUCACAUACCGUUAUCAAAAUUAGCUAGAAUGAACGCACAAGAGUUGGCCAACCCUGAUUUGCAAGCUUUCAAAGAGAAGAUAGAGUCACAGUCGCUGGAUCAAUUGAUAAUUGAACAACCGGAUAAACCGAAAUGGAUCAAGACUCACAAAGGCGAAGAACUUAUCGAAGCACAAGAUGAAUUCCAACCGGAGGAGGAUGCCUUUUACUCAAAGCAUGUGAUUUCGCGCCAUGAUGAGUCGGAUGCCAACGAAGUUGGGACGUCCAAGCCGAAAGAGAUAGCUUUCGAGCUGCCAGAGCAAAUGGAAAUGACAAAAGAAAGCAAUAAAGAAUCUCAAGAUGGCCUGAUUGAGGUUGAUCUUUUGUAUCCAGACAUCGACGUAGAGUUUUCUGGGUUGCUUAAGUACUUAGGGGCUUCAAAAGAGUUAAAGAAUAAUCCUUACAUGAAAGCCUUUGGCGAUGCGCACUUAUCUGUUGAAGGUCGUCUAUCAAGGGGUAAAGUCCUCAGCUAUUUACACGAAAUGCAGGCCACGAGAGCGUUUUUGCUUUAUGAGCUGAUUCCGAGGAGACAGGAAGACAUAGAGAACUCAUCAGCGGCUAAUUAUCAAAAGCUCUAUGAGUUUCUAACAAGUCACGAGAAGAUCAUAGGAAUCAAAAAUAAACAGCGCUAUGAGAAGAAUAUUUAUUUGAUACCUUCAACGAUUGGGGACACUUGCUUUGCUAUCGAAUCUAUUCUGGAGAAAAAUGAUUCAAGGGGAUUACUAACUCACAACAUCAAGAAAAUCUUUUUACUAAUUGUGAUCAAACCAGAGCUUGUCUUCUAG